AUGACAACCGUGAGCGCUGCUGUCUACAACCAUAAAGCCGAAACAACAUAGAUCCUCGUAAUAUUCCGAGGGUUUAUGACCUUUAAGUCUGAUCUUUAGACAGGCAAAAAGAUUGCCUCUGCCCUUGUUUCGACCAAAUACUAAUGGCAAGACUGCACUUUGAUGGAUUGUUAAGUUUUUUUCUGUGGAUCGAGGAGCGAACGAUGCUGCUUCAAUACUCGCCACCUUUUGUAAUAUUGGCUCCUAGAGCCUUUCUCCAGCACGAUCCCCCGACAACCCCUCCGUCUUUGAAUCAUAGACUGCACUUUCCAUUCACAGAAGUCUAAUGCUUUAUAUACCAAUCCCAAACACGAUUAUUCCACACGUGCCCCAUCACUGUUUAUUCGUUCCAUGCCCAUGUGACUUGCAGCUGCUUGUGUUUAGUCUUCGUUGUCCAUAGAAUACAGAGUUAACAUCGCGUCCCAAUAUCCAAGUGCCAUAUCCUUUUGCACCCCGCUCUAGGUGUAUCUUGUAUCAACACAGUUGCCUGCAGUCAGACAGUACCUCAGUGAGACCGCCUAUCGCGACAAUCUUCGCUUUACCUGCCGUCUUUAAACAUAUUACGAUUUUCGACGUUGUCAUAAUUAUAAAUCGGUUCCUUAUUUUUUAUGUACUGAUUUCGAUGCCGAUUACUUUAAAUUAUGUUUAUGAGCAAUGUGAUCAGAGCGUUAUUUUUUGCACUUGUCUAGACCUGGAAAAUGGGGCUUUGUUGUGUAAAAGUUGCAUCGACAUCUGCAGCACCUACCGAUCUAAAUAAACCAGAAAACUGCAUCCCCGAUCCAGUAUACUGUGCUGCAAAUUCACCCACUAGACUCUCCAUGGUGAAGAAGGAAGCACACAGUGCUUGUCAGAAUCGCGUCCCUGUUCCUACUACUAAGUCCAAACCUAUGCGGUCACAAAAUUCUAUGGAAUAUUCUAAGGUUGAGCAGCUAUUAGAUGCCAGUGAAUUCGGCAUCUGCGGUCUCCAGCAUAUAUCCGAACGGGAACCUGAAAGUGAGUGACUUGGCAUUUCCCCCCAUCCUUCUUUGUUAACUGACUCCUCUACGUAAUUUGCUUGUUAGGGUUGGUAGCUCAUUCAACCUUGAAAAAGGGUCCUUGCGUGCUGGCUGUCUGCUAUGACUAGCCAUGUUUUAGCGGUUUUUUCGAUCCACAACUUUUAUUUUCAGUUUUUCCUCAUUUUACUUUGACGUGCGUUCUGCUAAACACACACCUUCAACGGUUUUGUUGUUUACUUUAUUUUCAUCCACUUCACAUAUAGUUAGACUACAAAGGUCAACUUGUCCGUAGCGGUUUUGUCUUCAUAUUCCUCAAAUCUUGCCACUGACAAGAUCUUGUGGUAUUUAUGUGUCGGAGCGGCAACCUGGUAGACUUGGCGUUCGUGGUGUCAUAGUUUAUAAAGUUCGAUGGAUAUUUGACUAAGCUCAAAGGUCCGCUAAUAGUCUUGAGGCAAAUUCCACUCCGUCAGUUACACCGAUGUUUUCCUGAUUGUUUCUGGACGCUGAAGCCAAGUAGUCGAAAAUUGGAGGCAGUCACCUGAGUGUGUAGUAUCCUAUCUAACCUAGGUAAGUCUAAAAUUUCCAGCAUCCUGUUCAGAAUUGUCUGUGCGAUUUUUCGCGACGGACGAGGCGACAGAUUAAUACGUUUCUUGUAGAACGAAAAUGGUUUUCUCACUAGCCUUCAUGGAAGCUGAUGGCCAAAGCAUGCUACUUAUGUUUAUCCUCAGUGUCAUCUCCAAGUUUCACAUCCCUGGAAUUUGUAUUGGGCGCAUACGUUGUGGAUUGCACGACACGACAGCUGGGGCAAUUAGAUGAGCAGCAGUUUGGGCCUUUUCAGUUUAUCUUCUUAUUUCUCUCUUAUGAGGAUCUGUCAGAUAGCACUUAGCGGGAUUGACACUAAGCCCGCAGGAUUAACUAGACAUAGCGCAAAAGCUAAGUGUCUUAAGUCCUUUUUCCACCAACCCAACAUUUUCUGACACCACUGAAGGUUCACAUAGUCUCCCCAGGGCUACCGCAGCCCGUGACAGGACGGUGGUCGGAAAUAAUCCAACGAACCAGAACUAGAAUUAUCUCGGUAUUCUAAACAGUCUGUUCAUCCUUACCUUGUGACGUAGUAUAUGACCACUAACAUAUAUGUCUUCUAUUAUCCUAUGUUUUGGCGAUCUCCAGCUUGUGUGUCACGGUCACUCCAUCGGGCACAUGUGACGCUCUAUAACUAGAUUAACGCAGCCAAAAUGGAUUCGUUUUUUUCGAAGCUUUCGUCCACACCAAGAGUUUCGAACUUCACAACAGGAAUAAGGACGCCUCGUCAUUUAGUUUAUUCACCCCUCCAUCUCGGCAGUACCAAAAACUGCCGAAUGGCCGAAGUCAGCUGAUGGCAAAAAUACUGAGCUGAAACAGCGGCCUCCAUGGAGCGGGCCUCAAACGUUGGUGACACGCAAAAACUGUGCCAAAUUAUCCGCCAAUUUAGUGGCAAGCUCUCGACACGUAGUGACUUUGUUCGCGACGUGAAUGGCGGUUCUGUUGCUGACAACUCGGCCAAGGCCGAUCACAUGGGCAAUUCGAGCAUCCUCUCAACUCUGACGAGCCACCCACCACACCCUCGCUCUCCUCUGCAGCCGUAUUUUAUCUUUCUCCAGCCUGUACAGUGUCGUGCGACUUUCCUUCUGAGGCUCUACAACAACAAUGUGCCCAGAGGGCGGUAUUCGGGUUAAAAUCGACAAGUCUUGUGUUGACACUCUGGAGCCCCGGCUUUGUGAUGUGAUUGGGCAAGUGCAGGCAAAUGGGGUCUUUCCCGAUGACUGGGGCUCGGGUAUCCUUUUGCCUGUCCUCAAUAAGGGAGAUAAAACCAAAUGCAAGAACUACCGCGACAGAAGCCUUAUCGACGUUGUCGUGGAGAUCGUGACUGUUAUCCUUCUCAGAUAAUUGCAGUCUGUGCGCGAAUCUAGGGCGAUGCCCGAAUAAGCCGGUUUCCAAGCUGGGCGGGGAUGCGCGAACCAGGUAUUCACACGGAAGCCCAUUUUGGGAUUCCGUCAUGACUGUAUCCUACCGACGGUCGUCUGUUUUGUUGACGUCGCCACUGCCUUUUAAUCCGUCCAUCGCGAAUCCCUGUGGAAAAUAAUGGAACUAGAUGGUGUGCCUGCCAAAAUCAUCGCAAUGAUCAAGGCCUACCACCGUUCCACCACGGCGCGACUUUUGGUCCAUAACAAUCUUUCCCAACCGUUAAAUCUCCAAUCUGGUGUUCGACAAGGUUGCAUACUUUCGCCCAUUCUGCUCAACUACGCCACUGACUGGAUUCUCGGAUGGGGCCUGCACGGUUUUUACGGUGUUGAGUUUGUUCGCGGACGCCGGCUUACUCAUCUCGACAACAUUGACAAUAUUGCGGCCUCUUAAUUCCCACAGGAAUUAAUCGCUGACUUGGAGUAAGUCAGUCUGAGUUAGGCUUCAAGGUUUAGGCCAAAAGUUAACAUGCAUGUUUCGGAUGAAUUCCAUCAGCGACAGCGAGAUAACUGCGUAAUAUUCAUAGACUCCCAGUAGAUGGCCAGUAGUAUGUACGCAGGUUGCCUGAUGCACCAUACCUGACCGCACAGGUACCAGCUAAAAGCCUUGCGAACUUCAAGCCGUGGUGACCUAGUCUAUGGUCUCACAGGUGAAUAAAAUCCAUACUUCGUUCGCUUUAUCCAGAAACGUUGGGAAGAUAAUAUCGUUUUCGAAUCGUAUCCCUGACUAGAAGAAAGCACCCCUUGGACUAAAUGGUCGUCAACUUGAAAAAAUAGAUAAUGCCAGACAUUUUGGGACGAGGCUUCCGCUUAGUGGACAAGCAAGGACGACAUUCCGAAUCGAUGUUGCUUGCAGGCUCUUCUUAAUCCAUAGAAUGUGUCUAUGGACCGUACGCGACAUCUCCAUCCCCACGACGCUCCGCGUGUAUCAUGGAUCCGUCUGGCCAUUCCUCUUCUAUGAUUGUGAAUGUUGGGAGAUGAGGGAAAACUGGAGACAUUGGAUCAUCGCUGCCUGAUGACCAACCUUCUAGUGAAGUACACCGACUUCGCCCCAAAUGACAGUCCUCACUCGCUGCGACAAUAGUGUCAGGGUGUCGCAGGCCAUCCAAGAGACACGACUGAGGUGGUUUAGAUAGUUCUUCGUCGCCCGCCUCACCAGCUCUCUGUUACUCUCAAUGAUCCGGCGUCGUUGCCUACUUGGAGGCAUCGAAGAGGAGGUCAGCGGAAGACCGGACUCGACACAGUUCGCUAAGACAUGAAAGUGGUUCAUUGACCUUCGGUAUUCGGUCUCCGUCGCUGGAGAAGAGAAUGGCUGAGCCGUCCAGAUCCGCUGACACAAAUAGUCACGCGUAGAGAGGUACAAUACGUGGCAUCAUCGAGGGUGGCUAGAUCAGUCAUGGUCACAGCCUUACUAAGUAAAAGGUCACUUUUAUUUGCAAAUGGGGAAAUCGCCUAGAAUGACCUCGUCACACUCUUGUUUUGCUCUCCGAUAUUCAAAAUACUUUGGGCGAUGUGCAUUUCCAGCCGUCGGGAAGUAGCCACCUCUGUGUCUACGUAGCUGUAUGCCGUUUUAUUGAGUACUUUCAUGUAGAAAUAAACUGGUAGUGAACCUUUCCCAGGGUUUUCUGCCCUCUUCUUCCUGCGUUUACUCUGAAGAUGCCGGUCACGACCCCAUUUCUUAUUGUGCCUAAUUUUUGUCUUAGAACCCUGAUUUGUGUUUAUAUUGCACUUUACCUUUUAUGUGCAGACGAGGGAACAGAUCCAACAGUCAACAUCAAACUGCUCCCACUCUUCAUGAAAUACGAAGGUAAAUCUUUUCUUUGGACUGUAUAAAUGUAAAUAUUUUGUCUUUUCUGUUCUCUGCUCCUCGUUUAUCUUCUGACUACCAUUACUCAAAAAACUCAUAAACGAUCGGCCUAGGUAUCUUGCCAGUUCUGAUUCAUCAUACCACGUAAGAAGUUUACGUAGUUAUCGUGGAAAUACUUCCGGCUUAUGUAAUCAAUUAAAGAGACAGCUCCCAGUUGCAGUAUGACUUUCAGCUUUGCGGAAAUAAUCUCCACCGAGAUAACGGACCAGUUUUUCAUCAUUUUCUACGAAGUCUUCAUUUGAGCCACUUUCAAGCUCAUAACAAGAACCCGACAAUACGUUUUGGUCGUCUACAGCAGAUUGCGCCCAAAGGGACCGCCAGUUCGUUUUGGACAGUCAUUUAUUCAGAGCAAAUGUUGAUGCACAAAACCACGCCACUUUGCCCCGCGUAUGUCGAUAGCAUUCGGUCUAAUCUGGGUCGGUGAUUUUUUGAUGCCAGAUGUCAGGAAGACAAGGCUGCGAGGCGACCGCCCUCUCGCAAUCGAUCGGCAGUACCUUCCUUGCGUGGAAACUAACCAAUGACAGUCUACCCCACUUUCGUCCGAAGGAACACUUUUCCACCAUGUCUGCCGUUUCCGCCUACGUGCCAACACCAAUUGCCGACCGGCGAAAUAAGGGAACCUCCUGUUCGCAGCUUCGUACUAGUACUGGGUAUAGCUCGGAUCAUGCCUUAUCUGGCCGGCCUCGAUGAUGUCGCAUGUUGUUGUUUCCGCGCCUGACAAUCCCAGCGUCGGAUCUGGACAGCUCGACUCUUUGAAAGUUCCCCUCGGACGCUGUAGCAAAGAUCUUAGCACUUGGAUCGGACAUUUUCACGAGGUUUUCUAGGGCACUUGGGUACAGGCGGGUCCCCAACAGUCACUCGGAUUGUUUGUUCGGUAUUGUUACACUAUUUCUUUGGCCAAGAACUUAACGAUAAGGCAGUGGUGGUCAGCAAAUCUGUUUAAUAUCGGCUCACUGGUGCCAUGUCACUGUGCCGUCAUCGGGCUUUGUGACACUUUGUAAGGCAGUCGGCGUGCCGGACCUCCGUUGCUGGCCCGCGACUGUUUAUUUGCCGGACCCAGGAGCCUGCUAGUUUUUCAGUUAAUCUUCGCUGAAGGCCGUUACACAAUCCGCCACUUGCAGACAUGCCGGGCAGCCAGCAGUUAGGAAAACCGGUUGAGUCUCGGUUUGAUAUGCCAGUUGUCGGUAAGUGGGGUGGUUAGAUAAUGAUGAAAUUACGAGCCCGGCUGAUCGGAGCCGGCUGGUUUUUAUCCACUCAUGCCUGCAGCAUUGCCACAAGCAACUGCGAACCUGCCAUUCAGUUGGUAUUCGCAAAGUUAACCGGGUUAACUUCAUUCAAGCCAACUCAGGGUUCCGUAGUUGGAACCCUGACGGCAAAUUAGUGCCUGGAACCGAAACUGGCAACGCCCAUGGAUCAGACAAUGUCCUUCUUCGUACAAGCCUGAAAAAUCAUCUUCCAUCCGUGUCCAAAAUGUCUCCUAUAAAACCCAUUGAUGUCAUAAAAUGUCAACAACCCAGCACAGCAAGGGAUUUGAGCACAGUCCGAGUCGAAACCGAAGUGUGUGCCAAAUUACCAUCAUUGAAGUCCUUAGUCAAAGAGACAGCUGAGGAAAUUCUUAGAUCUACCCAGCAACGUCGCAGUGACUGGAUCGGCCCAAAGGCCUUACCACUGCCCACUCAGGCAAUUCGAGCUAGAUCACGGAACAGGGAUUCCUUCUGCCGAAUCAGAGAAAUGGCAUCAAAGUCAGCUAUACGCGACAAAAAAUGCGAAGUUUCAGCCAGACGGACAGCGGAAGGACGACGUCUCACGAAUCGAUGCCGCCCGUAGAGGUCUCAUGAGCCCUGGAAAGUGUCUAUAGAAUCGGCGCGAUACCUCAAACUUGCUCGCGGGCUGGCCAUCCGUGUUGCGAGUCCUUCCUUACGGCUGUGAAUGCUGAUUAUGCUCAUGGAAUAUUGACGGAGACUGGAGGCGUGUGACCACUGUUGCUUGACGACCAACCCUCCAGUGAAGUACGCCGGAUUCUUCUCGAAUAAAACUUUUCGCACUCGUCGCGACACACCUCCAAUAUAUCUCAUACUAUCCAUGAUAAGGUGGCUUGACACGUUCUUUGUCAUCUGCUCCAUCAGUUCAGUGUUACUGUCCUUGAUCCAGCGCCGCUGCGUAUCCUAAGGCAGGUCAGCCCAAAACCUGGUUCAGCACAGUCCGUCAAGGCACGGAGGUGAUUCUCUGGCCUUCGGUAUUUGUUCUCCUUAACUGAAGUAGAGUGUGAGUCUUUCCCUCCACAACCGCUGCAGCAAGUUAUCACUCGUAAAGGAGCGCAAUCCACCAAAUCGUCGAGGCUGUGUAAAUCAGACCUGAUCAUUGCCGCGACACGCGCUAGUUGUUCAGUGGCUUCCUUGUGGGCAAAAAAUAGUCUUGUGGGCCCGACUGCAAGUUUAGUUUACUGCGGUAGUUUUUAUAGUCCUACCUUAAGAUCUUGCCUCUUCUGUAAUCCGCGAAGGAUAGUAAGCCCUAGAGACAAAGCUCGGACAGGCAAGUGCUGGAGCCGUCAAAGUGGUGAAGGAAUGUUGGGCGCUUUUGAGGCGGUUGUGUGGAGAGAAUGGUUAUUAAGGGUCAGUUCAGCCUCAUCAUACAGGCGCUGCUAAGUCAUUGACGCUAUGCAAGAAUUUGUUUUUCAUUCAUUGGCUGCAUGCGUAUUCGGGUGAAAAUUAAUCAUUGCCGACCAGCUUUACAAGGCAGGCCUGCUAUAAAUAGUAGCGUGAGGGAGGUAUCGUGCUGUGGCGCAGCUCUCGGUUAAUGUUUCUCCGUUGCAUUUGUUCGAAGGAUGCGUGUCAGGAGACCACUGUGAAAAACUAAAUGAGACUAUCUUGCAACUAGACUACGUCAGGUAAAUCCUGGAUAAUUAUUGCAACCGACUGUUUUUUUGCCGAAUGAUUCCCAGUUAACCGGAAUUCGCUACAUCUGCUAACCUGUCGUUUCCCCAUUUAUCACGUAGGUCUGCUGCACAGUUACAGUUGAGGCUAGUUUGCCCGCCCUCAGCCUUUUGAAAAUUCGUAUAUAUGGCUUUAGUUAGUUAACAUUUUUCCCAAUGAUCGUCUUGCCCUUCUCCUUUUAGCCCGUCUAUCCAAUCGUCAAAGCGUAAGUUAAUUAUUGGUGAUCGCAACCGUCUCCUAGUCCCUUUAUGCCCGGUAGUCUGGCUUUUUAUGCUUGCAUUUGAGCCUUAUCUUCUACAAUAGGUGUUUUUCGGGAAUAUGAGUAAUUUAAUCGUCCCAUUUACGCAAAAGUCCGCGAACUUUGCGGAGUUUGGAUUCGCAACAGGGAGGCAAGGCUUGAGUUCAGCUAAAACCCAUGCCAUCCGAAGACAUGGGGCCUCCACCGAUAGCCUUGGGCUAGUCGAACUUUGGCUAUGUUGCCCGCCCAGCCUACUGCAAAUUAUGGAACCCACCAAUUCGUGUGUUUGCUCUUUAUAAAAAAACUUUUGCUUGGGCGCAUCUGCUUUACGAAAAUCGAUCAGGAACGAUAAGAAAAAGCAUAUUUUUCACAAUUUUUCGUAUGCGCAUUUUUUUAAUCCUGUCCAGGAAAUCACACAUGCCCGACCGUUGCAUAGUUUCCUAUCCGUUGCGGCCAAAUGAUCAAAAUCAAUUUCAUCUUUAGUGUGCGAUGUCUCAGGAAGUUGACUUUCACCUACCUGUUUCGAUUACAGGACAGGAUGCACGCGAUUGUUCAUUCCUUUGAUGCUCUAGUUGAAAGUGUUUGUACAACAACGAGCAUCCAGUAAUUGGUGAUGUUACGGACAAAGAUAAGAGAGGCUGCAAUGGGAAUUUCUGGAUUAUUUAGCGGCAUCAGAAAGCUGUUGUCCAUCCCCAUGCCACUGGAGGGUUGGUUCUCGGACAGUAGCGGUUACACGCAUCCAGCAUUCACAGCCGUACUGGAGAAGUUGCCGCACGGAUGGCCAGCCCUAGCGGGAGUUCGUGGCCAUGAACAUAUCGUUUCGGCUGCAAGGACAUUUUCUAGGGAUCGUGCAUGCCCCAUGAGCAGCAUCGAUUCGUGAGACAACACCACCCUUACCCUGUCUAUCUGUCGGAAACGGCGCUUCGAGGUAUUUGAAACUAUUUACUUCUUUAAGCUGACAACUAUUAGUCCCGAGAACUGUAUCCUCCUGCUCAGAAAUUCGGCUUUAAAACGCUGGUUUUCUCAGCGUUGGUAGGUAAUUCGACGGAUUUAACUGUUCCAUCUAUUCGUCAUAGGGCACUUUUUAGGUCAUGAUAGCUUGACGCUAGAUGGGCGACAUUUUCAGGGUAGUCGAGGCCAAUCAACCUGUGUACGCGCGUGAAUCCGACAUCAGCAAAACCACAUUGUGCCCCUCCGAGAAUGUAGCCAAUGGCAUAGUUGAAGGGGUUGGGCGACAAAACACAACGUUGACAAAUGAAAGGCCAGGCAUCAGACGGCUGCGAGAGAUUGUUGUAGUCCCGAGCUCAUAAUGCAGGCCCCGACCACUGCGCUCAUAUUCUGCACUGUCGUUGCGGGAAUCGGUUUUCAUCAAAGCAUCCACUUCUCCACACAGGACAUUUUCACUAUUGUGCAAGAGUAGAAUAAAGCGGUCAUUUGACUAUCGCCACAAUUCAUUGCUGGAUGGGAUUAUUGUUAUGUUUGAACGGAGGCGUCUUAAUACUGAUUUCCGUUAAAGUGUAUCUAAGACAGAUUAGGCAGCCGUCCCCUCAUCCGUAUCGUACGAGUUGUCCUUAUAUGUCUCAACUCUCCUUCGGCAUCUUAGAUCAGUAAUCUGAAAGUCAAUGCUACCUACGCUUUCUUCCUCUCUGUCUGUAUCUCCCUCAGCCUUCGGACUUAAUUCUUUCUCAUUUUGGUCCCCCCUUCUCUUCCCAAAUCAGCUUUCACGCCAGUUUGCUGGACUGGAGCCUCGCAGGUACAAUUCCACCUCAACAGUCUUUAUUGACAACUCCACAUGCUCAAAACCGGACCCCAGAGCCACGCUGGUGGCGGUUUCGCGUGCCGUCUGUCUCCUCAUGAUGGAUGAUGAUCAGAGCGGUGACUCCGCGGAUGAGGCGAUUUUCGACGACAGAAAUUAUCCCCUCACUGUACGUACCGCUAGUUCGCUCUAUUUCUAUCUCUCUCUCUUGCGGUCGGUCGGCUUGCCCAUCUGGCCGCCUCGGCUGUUCGCUCCCUAUCUUGUCUGUCUCAUCAACUUUUAAGGUGUCUCAGACUCCAAAACAUUGCUAUAGGAAGCCUUCUCUUCCCGCUUUACACGACAUACAAGUGUAUUUUCGAUUGGAAACGAUUACUUAAGUAGGGUUUUAAUAUUAGCUGUUGUGCAACGCGAUCCCAAGAUAUUUCCGUCACAUCAGGAUGCCGGCUUCUGAGCGGACUUCUUUCCAGUCGUCUGCAAAAAACACUGUGAAACAUGACUAUUUAAGUAGCAUGCAUCUUUUCUCACCGAUUUUCGCUGCCCUUGAAAAUUUAAAUGUUUUUUUAAAAAUUAUGAACGGAAAUUUUUUUCUUGUGCCCGUUUGGUGGCAGAUGACGUCUUUUGCAAAUUUAAUACUUGGGGAAAGGGUACAGUAGCUGUGAUAACUCAUGAAAUGCCAUGAGUUAUCACUGGAAAAUCCGUAUAACGCAGAUCCAUCCAAACGGCGUUCCUCAAAAUUUUACAGCACUGAAGACGACCGUUCUCAAAAAGAAGGUAUAGUUGGAUUUAUAAAUUCAUAUAUAAUAACGUAAACAUAAUUAAUCUUCACUGAAAACUAUGAUUUCAGAAAAUGGCUAUAUUACAAAUCGUUUAACUAAGGUAAACUAAAAGGUUGCCUAAGAUUGGGUGACGCAUGAAGGGAGGAAAAUAAUGAGUAAUAAUAACAUGUACAAAAAGCAGUACCUCGUUGGUUGUCGAUUUGCAUUUAACACAUCGGAUAGUCUCUCAGACAUGGAUAUGUCCAGGUUGUCUACAGUCGAUUGUCGUCUGAUUCUCAUGAAAACAAAAUCGAAUUUUCCGUUCCGAGAAGGGAUCUAUUUCGUACGUUUCCUGUUUAUAUUGAUCUUAGUUGACAGCACAAUGCGCAUAAACAUGAGAUUUUGAUCUGCGAUUUUUAAUGGCAUAGGAAAUUACCUGGAUAUCAAAAAUGCCAGAUUUCGCCCAAAUCUGACCGACCUUCCUUAAAAUGAAUCCCUCUUCAGUAAAUGGCUUUCUGUGUCUCAAAUAAACUCAAUUAAUACUAACAACAACAUCAAAUGUAUAACAUACGUCUCACUCAAAUUCCGAUCACAUUUCAUGAGUUAGACUAUCUGCAACUGCGCAGAAGUCAAUCCAUGACUACUGGCCUUUGGAACAAUGUCUAAUUUGAAAAAUGCACCUAUUCACCAAGGGUCGCCGUAAUCUGACCUGCUUUCCUUUAAUACGACUGAAUUAAAAUAACUUACUCUUUAGUGAAUAGCUUUCGACGUCCCAAAUCAGUUCGGUAAACACAAGUAAACACUCCAAACUUAAGUCUUACAUCUCACUCAGAUUUCGGUCACGACAUUUCAUGAGUUAGACCAGCUGCAUCUUUCGGUUUAAAAAACUUUCAGUUCCCGAAUAGUUUCGAACCCGACCUGCCGUUGCACUUUCGAUUAGGGUUUCAGUCAACAUGCUGUAUACCUUCCUUGCAAAGAAAAACACAUUCCUCCAUACCAUUAGGCAGAAACUAUAUGGGACUCAUAAAAGUUUGCACUGGAUGUGGACCAUAUCACAUACUUUAUAAGCUUUACGCCACAUAAUUACUCACCUGAACCCAAAAAUGUCACUUUAAUCGCCAAGAGAGACAGAAGUAACUAUUUUAACAUAUCUGCUACCGCAAUCCUCCAGUCAUUGCGCUUUAAAUCAGACGCUCCACCACUGAGCCAGGGAUUCACGCCGUGUCGGCUAUGCUCGGUACUAAAGUCCAUGUCUAUCGAAAUGGCCGAACGGACGAAUCCACCUUGUCAUGAGCUUCAGUCUGGAAGCCACUCAGGAGGUGGCCUACCGGCGAGCAACUAGUAAAGCAGAAACAUUAUUUACAAAGACCGAUACGGCUGUUUCUGACCCAUUUGCUCCUGUUGAGCAGUUAUAUCACGGUCCCAGGUGCAAGUAAAGCUUUUGCGACAUAGUGGCUUUAUUGGUUUUCUUGUAACGAAUUUUUGAGCGUCUUUUCAUUUCCGAGUUUUUAAUGAUUCAUGCAUAUACGAAGACGAUCUCUUCUAAUGCAGCCUUGCAAAUCGUUGUACUACCCUACUUGCCGUUACUAAUUGUUGGGGAAAACCGGAGAAGGCAAUACCUGUCCGUACGUUUCAUGCUUACUCACCCGAAGUUUAUGGGGUGCUCAGGUGGGAGGUGCACCUUGCCAGACCGGCAGUCGUCCAAAUCCCCUGCCGUGAUGCAUGAUGCAGUGCUGUGUGCAACUGUCAAGCCUUGUCAAGUCGUCGAGGCUGAUUGAAGGCUGAAGAGCGUUAUCUGCACCACAUACACCAACGUCCUUGGGCCUGCGUGUCGAUAGCACUAAGAUUGGGUCGACGACAGUUGUAAAAAUAUUCAGCACCUGCUGUGUGAUAGGAGCCAGCUUUAUAAGGUUGAAUUUUCCUACUGCAGACUCGAACUACAACUACUGACUGGCUGACUGACAAGGCAAGGAUACGCCGACCCUGGUGAAAUGGAGAGCAUUUUCGCGCACUUCAGGGCCUUAUGUAGUCCCCAUCCCACCUUAACCGCCCCUCUACUCAAUUUAGGCGAAAUCACCCUGCUUUCGUCAAAGUCGCAGAUUAAGGAGUUUUGGCAGAGCACUUUUGGAACGUCUUCAAUCACCCGUGUUUACUCUGCGAAGAAGUAAUUGGCAGACUCCCUCAGAUGGAAAUCAACGAUGGGUUCAAUUUAUUUCAGCAGAUUCCCGAGCGGACUAUCCGGGAACCUGACACGGUCCCGACAGAAGUCUAAGAAUACAAUGCUUCAAAAUAUCCAAAUAUAUUAAUGUUCAUGCUCCAGGUAAUGUGGACAUAAGGACAAAUUGCACAGGAAUUCCAAGAUGUCACCGUUGUCCAUCUUUACAAGUGAGGGUACAGCCGCCAAAUUAUUGACAAUAACCAUGAGGUUCCUUCUCCUGGUAGUGUUCGAACUCUCCUCAAUUGCCUGAGUGCGCACCCGUCGGCAGGACUUCCCAGAGCCUUAGUUUUUUCUUCAGAAGCAUCGCAACACUUGUGGGAAAAAAGGGUGGGAAAUAGAAAUCGGUCGCCAGACUGCUUUCUGGAUUCCAAAAAAUCCCUCGACACGCCCGUGGUCAGGCAGCUGCACGACAGCAUGAUGGUCCGCGAUGCAGACAAGGCGUCAACCUUGGAACCACUCGUAACAGAUGGAAUACAGCCCCUACCCUCUUCAGUUUCGUGGUUUGUACAGCACUUAUGGACUCAUCUGUUUGGGGGUCAGCCUAAUUCAAAAUCAAUUAUCUAUGUGGCUGGAAGCUGUUAAACAUUCGUGACAUGCGCUACAUCUGGGAAAUCUCAAAAAACCAGAAUAAACGACCUUGUCUCCACCGACAACCGUGUACUGAAUACCGCAACUGAAUCGAGCAUGCUACGAAAGUUGGACCUCUUCGGCUUUGAAUGUGCAAACUUAAGAUUAGCUAUACAUACGGAGUUACAGUUGGUAUGCGUUAAUUGGCACUCACAGCCACCGUCAACGGCAGUGGAUCAGUUCUCUUAUCUUGGAAUCGCCAUCUCACGAAACAUCAAAAUCGACGACGAAAUUACUGCUAUGAUCCGCAAAACCUACCAGGCAUGCCGUAUACACCAAUCCUAUAUAUGGAAUCGCUAGGACAUUCUCCGCGUCACCUAGUUGAGGCUAUGCAGGGCGAUAAUCUUGACGGUUACCUUGAAAACUUGAAAACCUAUAAAACCAUGGCUUUGCAGCUGUUGAACUUGGGCACCUUCGAAGAAGUUUACGUGUAGGUAUAGUCGUUUAAACUUGCGCAUCACUUUGUAGGUCAAGGAAACUACUUAAGGAAUUUCCCCCUCUUCCCCAUCGCACUCCUGUUGCGUAACGUGACGUCCUUAGACUUCUCGGGGCGGAGUUAAUUAGAACCACUGAAAUUCCUAGCAGGAUGUUAACGCAGUGCGGAAAUCAACACGUAAGUUAAUAAGGCACUUUCAACGGGAUCGGUACAGUUUCAUCCGACAGACAUGUAUCGAUUGAAGCUGUUGUCAGUGUUUCCAGGCAAAAGCCGUAUCGAUAGGGCGAAUCCACUUAUCCAGGGUGGCUCAUAAGGCACUGCGUUGGUUUAGAUGAACGCAUUAAGAUCCACAUCUGACUUUCCAAAGGCACUUGCUAGGCACCAGUUUAGCGAAAGAAUUUUCAUUAACUGAGAUGAGCGCUUUAUUCUGUUCAUUGGCGUCAGAAAUGGAAAAAACUUCUGUUCAUUUUCAGAAAAAGUACUUCCAAAGUGCUGUGGCACCAGCUACAGGAUCAGUUAUAACGUAUCAAUUAAAUUAACCCCUCUUUCAUCUCCUUAUGUAGGUCGGAGGCGAAAACGACGAUCCCACCCGGCUGCACAAGUUUGUCUACAAAUUCAUUUGGAGGCUCUUCAAGUGCGCCAAACUCUCCCCGGAGUGCGCUAUCGUUGCAGUUGUAUGUCGAUCUACUCACAUAUUUUUCUUUACCCAUAAUCGUUUUCAAUCGCUUGCCAUCGCCUGCAUGCAGUAGACGCCGAUGCCCAGGAAACAUUACCUGAAUUAUCUUCAAGUAGUAGUAUUACCAAGUCGAGGGUCGGGCUGAAGUGGCACCUUCGAAAUGUGGCCUCUACGACACCACAUCACGCAGGUUAGGUCGGAACUGCUCUUACAGAAGUCGCGUGCGGGACGUGUAGACGAGCUACUUAGUUUUGUCAGUCUCUGCGCCCACACCGAUCUUGACAUUGUAUUGCCAUCGGAUUGAGGGAGGAGAGAGUGCGGCAGAUAUUGGGCAAGUCUUCUUCAUCAAUGUAGAUUGAUUCACGCACAAGUCGUCGCCGCUGUGAAGCACACGGUAGACAUUUGUGGUUCGCGAAGGUCGAACUGUCACCAGAUUCGGCGACAUAGGAACUAAUCAAGAGUUACGUCCUGCCGGUGCUGGAUUUUGGAUGAUGAUCUUUCAGGUCACCCGCCUUAUUUUGACCCGGAAAUAGAAUUACCGGCUAAUAAUGUGUGCGAUAGCUGGUCUAUUCCAUGAAGUGUUAGCGUAGACUCUAAAAUGUAUUUUUGAUUAGAAUCCAAAGAUGUUUCAGUCACGCCACGUUACCGGCUUUUGAACGGGCUUCUUUCCGGCCGCCUGCGAAAACAACACGCUGUAAAAAUGACAAGUUAAAUAGUAUGAAUUCUUCCUACUAGGUUUCGAUGCCCUUAUAGGUUUAAGUAUGUUUUUUUGAAAAAAUGCAUAAAAUAUUAUCUCUUGUUCUAAUUUGGUCUUCUUCGAAUGUUAUCUUUGAAGAAAGAGUGUCUUUCGACUUUAUCAAUUCACGAAUAAUUUCGAACCCCAUCCACAGUUGCACUCGCUCCUGGGGUUUCUAAGCUACGUGCUGCAUACUUUUCGUGUGGGUGGAAUCAUAUAUUUUUUACGCUAUUAAUAGGACGUCCUAUGGGCCUAAGAAUGUUUGCAAUUGAUAUAAAUGAUAAAUACAAUGUUGCACGGAUGGAAAUUUUUCGGUCUUGCAAAAACCCACAAUUCUAAACCGCAAGGUGCCCUUUCCUCAAGUCUAAUCUUUGAAGAAGACCUAAUUAACGCAUGAAAUAAUGUUUUUAUGCAUUUGUUCUGCAAAAAAUAUUAGGAUUUUUAGAAACAUCGAAAAUUCAGUGAGAAAUAAUUCAUGCUACUUAAUUUGUCAUUAAUUGCAGGCUGUGGUUUUUGUAGGGGAACGAAAGGAAGUUCGUUUAAAAGCCAGCAUCCUAACAUGACUGAAAUAUCUUUGGAUUGUGCUGCACGAUAAUCUGCCUUACAACCCCUUCUAAGUAAUCUUUUCUAAUCGAAAACACAUUUCGGAAUUUCAGUUAACAUUUCAUGAGAUAGGCCAGCUAGUGUACUUUUGCCCUCGAUUUUUGCAUUUUUAAAAUCAUAUUUCCUGGAAGAGUUGUGCAGAAUUUCCCUUCGUCAGACCGCGAUUGCUGAGGUUUGCGCCUUCAGGCCAUUUUGAAGGGACAUAUUUGUGAUUGAAGAUUUGGUUAAACACUGGGCCAUGGACAUUCCGUAUCACAGGUGAACUUGCUCGAAUUCUAGGACGCGGUUAAUGUCGGGUUUAGAGUUAAGGUUAAUGUUGGGUUAUGUUUAGGACAUGGGCUUAGUACCCCCUGGAAUUUAACACGAGGCCACCUACAGUACGCGGGGUCAAUAUUUCCGUGUCUGACCAAAAGUUCAUUAAUUCCUUUGUGUUCUGAGAUGGUCUGAGUUUUCUGCCACCGUGAUUUCAAAACUACCUAUUGUACAUUUUCUUUGACAAAAAUGUGUAUCUAUUUGUCUCUAAGCACAAAAAUACGUCCAGUUUUUCGUUACAAGUCAGAGUCCACGCGCACCACAUUGCACGCCACAUUAACGCAUUGGUUGAUCUGAGAAAUUGAGGACACUUUGUGAAAUUAACGAAAAGUCCCAUAUAAGCUAGGAGCCGGCCCAGUGCAUUGAGCCAACUGAGCCCUCCAGAAAAAUGAACCACAUUGAGCAAAUAAAAAUCCCUAAAGGGCGUUCUAAGUAGCCUCCGUUUGCUCCUAAUGACCAUUUUUUGGUCAGAUGUGGUUAUGUUGCCCCACUUUAAGUAAACAUACCCCAGCCACCUGUAAUACUGGAACGUUGGUAAUAGUGGUUUUUACAGGUGGGGCCGGGGAACGCGCAGGCGACGAGGUCAAGUAGUUGUAUGCAAAAGAAAAGCUAUUGGGAAUGCGCGGUUGUACUUUAAGUGGUUGACAAAUAGUUGCCCAAGCCGAACAGUAUUGUGUCCAUCAGGUGGGCUAUAUAACCUCAUCUUACUCAUUUUUUGACCAAGUACGAAAAUUCGUUUCAGAUGAAUCAGUGGAAGUACGUAGUAUACGUGAAGGCUAGCAGAUUAAUUAAUGGAAUAUGCAUAAUGAAGUUCUCAGAUACCAUUUCAGACAAUCGUCAGGUUGGAUAUCCUUGAAGAAUUAAUCUAGUCUGUCGAAUGGCAGUUGUGACAGUUCGGCCGUCGUUGCCGGCAGUGUCCACCGUGCGCUCCAAAGCAAGGUGGCAGCAGGCACGGUGACUUGUGCUUUAGUUUAUAGCGGUAGCAGGCUUGCACAGCGUAUACCGCAUUGUCUCCUCCCCGCCUGAUCCCGGUGUCAAGAAAAAGUCAAGAAGACCGGAGGUAGGAGAGGGCGCAGGUGGCUGCCACGGUCAGGCUAAGCAGUUAGUCAAACGUUUUCAGCAUGAUGCGCAGGUCAAGAUGUCUAUUCUUCGCAACUGGCCAGGGAAAGAUUAUUUUGUUGGAUUUCCUGGUUGGCGAGGUCACAAGCGUAAAAGCUUUCGUAAGGUCACACAGCCGUAAUCCAGCAACUGGAUAAAAUACUGGGCAUGAUUGCCAAACGCAGUUAUUGAGCGUAGCAUUUUCUUCGUGUUUGAAGAUUCGUCAUCCCCAAGACUGUCCAUCUUCCGAGGGACGUUGAGUGUCGGGGUGCCCGUGAAAUCUUAGUAGAGUGCAGUUUUCGGUGCCCCUAAUUGGUCAUCAGGGAGGACGGUUUCUGUAUUCAGUUGUCAAGAUGUUCGAGAUGGGACAGCUGUAGGAAGCUUUUAGCUAUGUGCUGUAUUUUCGAAAGUCCUUUUGCAUGCAAAUGACGGUUUAGACCUUAUUGAUAUGCUGUUCUAAACCAUUCACCAAUAAAAGUAUACUUUCACAGCGAAGACUCUGAUGAAUGUAUUCUUGUUAGGUUUCCCCUUUAAAAAAAUUGUCUGGAUGUGAUGAGUCACAGGUGAAUGCCCGUACCACUUAUAGCAAAAUAAUGUCAGAGAGCAAGUUGAGCAUUUUUACCUGCCGACUCGACUGGGACUGAUGAGUCUUAUACAGCAAACCAAAGAAUUCGUUGACCCGUCUUUUAGGUCCGUUUUAGUCACCUUGACAAAAUUCUAAGCCCUAUUCUGCCAUUUUAGUUUCGUUACUAAAUGAUCUUAUAAAUACUAAAAUGAAGUCACUGCCGCUCUCCUGAGGUGUCAGCCGAAAUUCUCAAAUGCGUUUUCUAUUAGGAUUACUUACGUGGGGUUGUGAUCUUGACUGUAUUUUAGUAUAAUCCCGCCAUAUUUUGGACAUGCCAGGAUGUUGCCUUUUAUAUCCACUUCCUUAAGGCCGCCUGAAAAACCACAUUCGGCUGAAACUAACUUUUUGAGCAGUAUUCCUCCCCUACAUUGAUUUUAGAUGCCCCUAUAAAUUCAAAUGUAUUUUGUAGAAAAGCUUAAUAAACGUAUUCUUGCACUUAUUUUGUAGCAAAUCAUGUCUUCUUCAGACUUUAUUCUGGAAGAAGGGGUAUCUUUGGGUUUUAGGAAGUUUUUCUAUUUUCGAAUUAUGGUGAACUCUAUCUGCCAUAGCGUUUUUGUUUAGGGUUUUUAGUCCAUAAUUUGUGUAUUUGUAAAAAAACAUAUGUUCCUUUAUGCCAUGAUGAAAACACCGUGUGAAGCUCUUAAAAUGUAGCAACGGCUUUGGACCAGUGCAUACUUAAUGGGGAUCAUUGUUAAACAGACAGACACGAUGCUAUUCGAAUGAACAUUGCACGGUCUUCAAAAAUCUCAUAAUUUGAAAUUUUUUAAAACCGAAAUAUACCCGUUCUCUGAGUAUGAAAUCUGAAGAAGUAGGCAUGGUGUUCUACCAAAUGGGUUUAAGAAUGAAUAUUUUUAUGCCUGUUUUGAGCGAACUAUUUUUAAAUUUAUAAGGGCAUAAAAAUCGAUAGAGAUAAUGCAUACUAAUAGUACUGAAAAUGCGAUUCCCAGGUGGCAUAUCAAAAGAAGAGGAGGCGUUCACCGGGAGGGGUUUGUUAGAGGUCUGAAGUUUCGAUUAGUUACUUCGUCUAUCCAUCUUCCGUUACUAGAAAGUCAUGCGAACAGCUCUCCUUAUAUGUGCAUACUACUUAAGCGUACAUUUUUAGCGACUGCUAUUUUUGCAAGUGGCCGAGAUGGAAGUGCAUUCAAAAGCCAACACACUGAAUCGUCUGAAAUAUCGUGGGAUUAUGCUACAAGCUAAUCGAUAUCACUACUCCACUUAAAUAACCCUUCCCAAUCGAAAAUAUAUUUCUGAAUUUCAGUUAACAUUUCAUGAGAUCGAUCACUGACUGGGAUUUUUUACACGAGGUUUAUGUCGCCAGGUAGAAGCCAAGGAAAUCACCGUUACUGCGGCAGUCUACAUACCUCGGCUCUUCAAUCCUUCUAUACAAAAAACCGUAUCUAAACUCAGCGACUUAUUCCAGCCACUUCAACGUCCCCAUUGGUUAGUCUCAGGCACCUGGAGUUCGCGUACUGCCAGGAGUGUGUUGAUUUGCUCAUCCGAUACACGCACGAGGUAGUCGUGACCUCUCCACAGCGUGAACGCCUCGAUUCUUAAGCACAUUGCUUUUAGUGUACUGGCCGCCCUAACAAAAAUAUCGCUCAAACGACCAGUGCGGUGCCCGAGUGGUCUCUAAAUUACAUACCGACUGAAAAUAGGUCUCACGAAAAUAAUGUUUCAAUAUAUUUGGAAUGCAAAUGGGCAAGGAUAUGGUUGGUUGUCUCCCGUGACUUCUAUAGUAUUCCAGAAAUUAUUGCCGUACGAAAAUGAAAAUGGUCUCCUGACUUAGAACUAAGGAAAUAUGCAGACUUAAAAGUCAGAGUGCUGGAAGUUGAAAGCGCUCCUAUGUUGUGAGAGUAGCAUUGUUAUUAAAAUCCUUCCUACCCUGAUUUACGCGGACUAAAACAGCGGAUCCUUAGUUUGCGAAGGCUGUUUUGGUAAAAUUUUCUCGUGCAUUAUUGUUCUUUCAAGGAGGCCUGUUUAAGUUAACGAUGCGUUGUGCCGUGGUUACUAGCCCAGGACACCGGCUGGGUUUGAAAUGCUUAUUUACAUCCAUGGUAACCUGUUUUUUCUUUAAGCCGAUUCUUGCAAAACGUCCACCUCAUGAGAAAAAUGUUUUUCCCCAGUCCAUUAAUUUAAUAAAUAAAAUAUGCCACUUACUACCCAAGUUACCGCCAUUAUAUCCCGUCAGCUCCGCCACCAAUUGCAAUUCCCUGCCAAGCAAGUGUAAGCAGAAGUUUUUGGGCAUCCUCCACCUGAUUAUAUCUGAUUGCGCUUAUGCAUUCACCUUCAAUCACCUACAGGCCUGCAUACGGUGGGGCACUGGAAUAGGCCACUCCCGUAAUACAGGUGACUUUGCGAUAAAUUUCAGGGAAAUUAGUGGUAUUGUUAGGAUUACAGUUAGGGUUACGUUUAAGGUUAGGAUUAACGUUAGGGUUUUUGUUAGAUUUUGGGUUAGAACACGGGAGUAAGUACCCUUCCCGGAAUUUAGCGCAAGACCACCUGUAUUAUGGGGAAUUGCGGAUUCCUGAUUCCCUGUCAUGCCGUGCUUACUACUGGAGUGGUCAGUGUUUCCUAUAUAGAGGCAUGUUAUCGUGUUUGUUAAUCAAUUUCCUAUUUUAUGCCACCUAGUACAUCCUCACUUAAGUCGCCUUUUCUAUUUGAAGUCGUGUUGAAGGAUUUUAGCGAGUGUUUGCGAAUGUCAGCGCCUUUUCUAGAAGCCCACAUACGGCCAUUUUCCCCUGCCAUACUGUUUACGAUGCUCGAAGAUAUCACUGUAGAUGGGCUAUUUAGCCCGUGUUAGGAGAAACUUUCGCCUCAUCAUCGCGUAUCAUGACCACUUUUACAGCACUGUUUUUUUUUCUUGAAAAACUUAGGUGUAUCUCGAACGGCUUCUUUCCAAUGUUCGAUUCAAGCUUCACCGGCGGAACUGGAAGCGCCUUGUGCUUUGUGCAAUACUACUCGCCAGCAAAGUCUGGGAUGACCAAGCUGUGUGGAACGUGGACUACUGCCAGAUCCUAACAGAAUUACAAGUGGAUGAUGUGUACGUUGGUUUAUAAUUUCCAUAGACCACUUUCCUUCCCUUUGCCGAUGGUCUUCGACAGCAAACAUUAAUGAUAGAGGAAGGCACACUUUCUGUCGGUACAAUUGCUUGUGACAUCUGGGCUUCAAAGUCUGCGUGUGUGCAUGUUUGCCCCUCCCUAAAACGAGCCACGCGGUAAACACUGGAGCAACACGGAAGGAUAGAUCGAUGUCCAGCAGGUGUUAUCGAGAACGCGCAUCCAUAACAAAGGCCAACGUCGGAGUUGUGGCUGCAGGUCCAGGUGCAGGCACAUACCACGCAGUUGGGAUCCGCACCGCCCCCCCCCCCCUCCCUGUGGCAUAAAGUCCUGGUCAGUGUACUUUGUAGAUCAGAGUGUGUUAGCGUUCGCCUAGGUGCGGGUUUUCGCUGUGCCAGCCACACGCGCUUCCGCGUCCCUCCAGCCAUCUCGACUUAGUCAUGAUACCGGGCUCGGGUGGAUGAGGAGGAGAGAGUACGGCAGCUGCGGCGAAAGUCCGCUAUCAUUAUAAACAAAUUCACGCGCUAGUACCCGUCCCUGUUAUCACUCUGCCGCGAAGCACACGGUGCACACACGACGGUCGAACUGUCAUCUAGAAUUUGCAAAAAACUAUCUUGUAAUGCCUGAGGGGCAAAACAGUGGUUUUAAGACUGAAACUAAUACAGAAUGCACUUUUGAAAGUAGCGUUUUAUAUCCAUUGGUGAGGGCAUCUAAUAUUUAGCCCUAGCCUGCCCGGUUUCAGCAUAAAUUAAUCCAGUGGUCACAUUUGACCUCUCUGGCAAUGGAUAGGAACCUGCCUACGGAUUUUUUGUAAGGUAGUUUUUCUUCCUCCGACUUUUAAGACGUAGUCACGGUACCGUUUCGUAACUCUUUUAUUCAGAAUUUUUGAUCCGCAGUUCGUGCGACAUUUGGGAUUCUCCUGGCAGAUUUUUCCGGCUACUACUGGCAGUUUUUGGUCAUACAAAUUGGAACCUGAGUGUGGUACACUUUCAAGUUCCGAAAAGCCCGACACAAACUUUUCAGUAGACGUGGACGUUGUCAACCAGAAUUGACCGACAGGUGUCUUUUUCAAUGCCAUGUGACGUUUCCUUAGGCAUAAUUAUAAGGGGGCAGAUUUGGACGCGUUAUCUUCUACCGGAUUUGACGUGUUUUUUAAAUCACCCUGUCUGUCAUAUUAAAGCGUCUAUAGCUGGCCCUUUUUGCUCGCUGAGGUUCGAAGAGCGCGAAAUGUCGUCCCACACUUGGCAGAUUCUUCCUGACACUAUUUGCAUGUUUUUAACGUCAUAAAGCACACGCUCAGUUAGCCAGAGUUUUGAACUCCAAUGCUGAUUGACCAUACUUCUUAUAACGCUGAAACAUUCUAUUUUCCCUCCCAUAGGAACGAACUAGAGCGCCAAUUCCUUGACAUGAUUCAGUUCAACAUCAAUGUCCCGAGCUCCAUAUACACCAAGUACUACCUGAGCAUCCGAAUUCUGACCUUGGGAGGAUACAAACUUACUCAGUUAUCCGUUGAGCGAGCCCAAGAGCUUGAGGUAUGUCCACAGCAUUCUUUGCCACCCAACAGGUUAGGCUUUGCGAUAAAAACAUUCGUGGCAUUUGAAUGAAAUUAACAGCCAAACAGCCGAAUGCUAACUUGAACAAUCUAACUCGCAUUGCCUCUUGGGCGCACGCAAUCUAGAAAAUAUUCCUUUGUGAACCGCAAAUUAUAUAUUCCAGAUAAUUGAAAAAUCAAUAUAACAUCCAUCUACCUACCCAUAUAGGUGACGUAGCUCAUGCAAUGUGCCAAAACUAACCGAAACUCUCCAGUUAAUCAGAAACCAGCCCAAAAUACAUCUACCAGAACAAAAAGUUAACUAUAAGUGAGCUCCAGCUAAGUGAAAUCACAUGAGAAUGGUGAGUAGUCAAAUUAUGUUGGUCACCAAUAAGAGCUUUCUUAAGAAGGGUGGAAAUGCCGAAGGCGCAAAAAAACCGUGUCAAAGGUGAUGCAAACGACUUAGCAAAUAAAACAGCAUAUGCACAACACCCUUCAAAGUAACAGUUUUGCAUAGUCGUCAGUGAAAAUGUCUUCCAAAAACUAGUGUACUAUGCACUGUGGCAGUUAGCAAGCCGUCUGAUAAUUAAUUAUAUGUUUCAAGGUGUCGUUACGAGAAUUGGGUGUAAUUAUUUUCCUUUAUCCGCUAGUUGGGACGUGGUUAAUUGAUUCCGCGGACAAUAUCACCGCAAGAAUUAACGUUUUCAUAAGACCACGUGUCACGAAGCCAGUUAUUGACUACGAGAUAGGAAUAUAAGCAGGAGACGCAAUCAUAAGCGCGCCAUCUAUGUACCAGGCGAACCUUUCUUCCAUAAAAGCGUCUUGUACUGUCUCGUAACGAUGGAGUCCGCCGAGUCUCAAGGGGCCUAGAAAUGUCAGCGGAAAAAUCGCGGUCUUCAGUGUUCUCAAUCGAUUGCCCGCAACGGUGUUCCCGUUUUUUUACAUGUAGUUACCCCAACCUUCUACGCAUGAUGGUUUUUUUGGAGCUUUUAUGUCGGAUGUUCUGUUUCAUACAGGUGGCAGUUCGAGGCAGGUAAAAAUGGAUCUUCUCACCAAUAGCCCACGACGCAUAUGUUCUUGGUCAAUUGAAAUACGUUCGCUAGUAAGUUUCCACCUGUAACACGGGGUGGUCCAUGUUUCCGUGUCUACCUCGUGGUGCAGCCGUGGACCUCGUAGUUUGCAACGCUCGAACCUUCCUGGGUGUGUGUGUGUGUGUGACGGUAUGCCCGCGGUGUGGGCCUCCUGUGCGCGUAGCGGCGCGCCUGUGUGUGCAUAGCCUUGUCUGAUGCCGCAUCCUCUGCCACGUUUAUGCGCACAGAGGCGAAGACACCGGCCUAAUCAUCACCAGUUGCAGAACUUACACACGGUUAUGACUCCACACACGCAGCCGCUAACAAGCUUCCACCGAGCAACUUAAUGCCUACCCGUGCAUGUUUUGCGAAAUCGUGCAGAGUGAGAGGACUUUACUGAAAAAUAACCAGUCUUACCUCCAUUUUAAGUGGUCAGGAAGCCCUACAUUCUGCAGCAUAGUCAACGCGGACUUUCAGAUAAGGCCUUUGUAGGCUAAUCGUAUUAUUAGUGGAUGAUCGAACUGACGCUAUCCGAAGAUUCGAAUCCGAAUGAUUAGCAGGAAGUAACCUAACUUGAGGCCAGAAGUUCCACAGUCCGUCACAUGUCCACUUUGGUUGCGAUUUCCAACUCACGACAGUCCAGAAGAAGUGGCUGGGGAAAUGGGCCUUGUAAACUUUCGUUUUUGCCUUCAGAGGCCUGGUGCUGAAUAAUUGUCUAUGGGUUCGGUAGUGAGCUGCCGAACUGCUUCAGCCCAAUUACCGAAGUCUAGAUGAUCAGCUGCGGGUAAAUAUAAUGUUGCGUAUUCUACUUGCUGACUUAACAUGUUACGUACUAAACCCUCUUACGCAAAAUGUGCUUCAGGGAUAUAUUUUGUCCGCUAAAAGAUUUCUGAUGCUGAUUGGAAGGCAACGCUACCUUCUAUUCGGACCAGUCCCUAGAGUAGUAGAUGUCCUAGACGUCAUUUGCGUAUUUGUGCGUGUUUUGCUAGUAGAAGACAUUAAUCUAGAAGAGACUAGUUUGUCAAAACAACCGCCGACGACACGAAGCGUGGCCUUUUGGUCUACCUAAGCCAGAUGUGGCAAGGUGGAAUAUGUGUGUUAUUGUCAGAGAACUAGAGGUUUUUCGUCUUUAAAGAUGUUGAUCUGUAAAUAUAUAUCGACACAGCCGCAUUAUCCCGUCAUAUGCGAGUAUUGCAUAAAUGGCAUCAAAAAUAUCCACUGCCAAACGGCCACGUUUUGAUACAGAGUAAGACACUUACAUGUAGUCUAGUUUCUGCUAACAUGAAUUUAGAAACCGGGCAGACACAGCAUCAAUCGGUGAAAAACUAUUUGAAUGUUUAUAUUAGCGCUCGGUAGUGCAUUAUACCCCUAGAACGGGACGUAAAAACAAGCAACGAUGACAAAAAUGGUUCCAAGGGACGAGGACUCUUGUUGAUUGUGGCAGAAGCAUUGCCAAUAUCGGUCAUGGAAAUGCAAAAGUGGGCCGAAUGUUCCAUUCCUCUCUCAGUACUUUAGUAAAGUAUGAGAGGCGCAUGCACUCAUCAACGAAGUAUUUCAGUAAGAGACAUUCUAAAGAGGUAACGGUUAUGCACAGGAACGUGGACUACCCGUGUUACAAAUAGCAGCUUACUAGCGAAGGUAUUUCAUUUGACCAAGAACAUAUGCAUCGUGGGCUAUUGGUGGGGACGUCCAUUUUUGCCUGCAGUUAUACGGCAUCUUUAGGUGAAUUUUCAGCUAUGCCUCGAACUGCCACCUGCAUGAAACAGAACAUCCGACAUAAAAGCUCCAAAAAACCAUCAUUUUUAGAAGGCUGGGGUAACUACAUGUAAAAAAACAGGAACAUCGUUGCGGGCAAUCGAUUGAGAACUCUGAAGACCGCGAUUUAUCCGCUGACAUUUCUAGGCCCCUUGAGACUCGGCGGACUCCAUCGUUACCAGACAGUACAAGACGCUUUUAUGGAAGAAAGCUUCUCCUGGUACACAGAAGAUAGCGCGCUUAUGAUUUCAUCCCCAAUCCUCCAAUCUCAUAGUCAUUGACCGGCCUCUUGACACGUGGUCUUAUGAAGACGUUAAUUCUUGCGGUGAUAUUGUCCGCGGAAUCAAUUAACCACGUCCCAACUAGCGGAUAAAGGAAAAUAAAUACACCCAAUUCUCGUAACGACACCUUGAAACAUAUAAUUAAUUAUUAGACGGCUUGCUAACUGCCAUAGUGUAUAGUACACUAGUUUUUGGAGGACAUUUGCAGCGACGACUAUGCGAAACUGUUACUUUGAACGGUGUUGUGCACAUACCGCUUGGUUUGCUAAGUUGUUUGCAUGGAUAUGUACUACGUAGGUGAACAUAGUUGACACGGAUUUUUGCGCCUCCGUCAUUUCCACCAUUUUUAAGAAAGCUCUUAUUGUUAGCCAACCUAAUAUGACUACUCACCAUUGUCAUGUAAUUUCACUUAGCUGGAGGUCGCUUACAAUUAAUUUGUUGUUCUGGUAGAGGUAUUUUGAGCUGGUUUCCGAUUAACUGGAGAGUUUCGGCUCUUUUUGGCAUAUUGCCUGAGCUAUGUCACCUAUGACGCAUUGUUUGUGCGACGUCCGAUCAUGCGUCGUCUCGCCGUCUAUGAACGGUCUUGAGCACCCAACUUUCGGCAUAUUUUUUCGUAGUUCGUACUGCCUCGCCGUGUCAUAGGUCUUUUUCAGGUCGAGGGCGAUCAAUAAUCUGGUUCUCGUUUCGUAAGUGCUCUGUCGUUAGCGCUUUGCAAAGGUAGUGUCUGCGACUCCACGCCUUUUCAUGAGUCCAUACUUUUUUCUGGCAUGUGCAUUAAGACUAUUGAAAUAGAAACCGGAAAAUAUUUUGCCAGCAGUACUGGGGGGAGGUUCCGCGGUGAUCGUCUCAAUGUUCUCGAUGGUGUUCUUCCGCUUUGGUGCGAAUGAACUUUGUUUGCAUUUUUAAAAUCUGCUGGUAUUGUCGCCACACAUCCGAGGGAAGUGAAGUCAAGUCCGUGAGCUCAAAUUCCUUCGAAAAAUUACGAAAUUUCCACCACGGUCUAUUUCACUGCUCUAUUAGUCUUCUACAGAGUGUAUGGGCGUUACAUUUCGGCAUUGGUUUCUGCCUGCGGAAGUUUAUUAAUAAUUUCCUCGCACAUUGCAGAUACAUGAUGGAGGGUGCGCAUGAGAUGCUCAAGUCAGUACUGGGGGAUCAGGGAUUUCUCUAAGGGGCUGAGAGCUAUGUCGUCUAAGCUGCAUGUUGCUGGAGUCUACAUGCAUUGAAGUCCGCAUUGGUGAUCACCGAUAAGUCCUUCAUUUCACUGCGGUUUCAUAUAUCUUCCGAGUCAGCCAGUUUUUUGCGUUUCCUCCAGCUCCCACCGCGCUGUGCUUCGACAUUAAAAGACAGUGGCUUUGCCGUUAUUAGUCAAGUUAUUGCCAGUUUUGCCCUCUAAACGCACACCGAAUUUCUAUACUGUUGUCAGCAGACCCGUAUUGCUGCAUCCACGGACUUCCUAAACACGUAUUUCAUGAAUUUGAACAAAGUCGAGUUAGGUUAAUCCGUGGGUUAUUUCGUUACGUGUUCUUGUUCUGUGGGCUGUUUCCAUGUGCCAUGAAUAGUACUUAACACCCCCAAAACACCUGUGCGCAGGUGGGCAAAAUCUCUCGGAAUUUGAUGAUCAUUAAAUUAUACCGGCAUUCUCCGUGACGCCAUUUGCCGUCACGCGCUUUCGUGGGAAAUAUUGUACUCUUAAGUAAAAUUUUACAUGCAAAUGUAAGUCAUAUCAAGAAUGGCAUAUACGAGUCGGCAGCCAGAUUUCACUUGACAACCGUCUUACGAAAUCACAGUUGAUAAACUGAAUAGGAAUUUUUCGCUUCACGUCUUCACCAUAAUGCGGCUGCGCUAUCAAAGUUUCAGCAUCUCACUGGUAAUGAGCGCGCCGGUCGAUUCCUAUAUCUGGAUCUGCGGAGUCCGUUUCUGACAUUUCAUCUUGGGUAUCUUGGUGUUUUUAGUCGAGACGGAUGACUGCCGCGUGUAUCUGUGCUGCACAGGUCUGAAUUCAACCUUUCGGCAGUCUUGACAACGAGGAGCGUCUCCACACUUUGGCUAAAUACUUGAAAUUUACAAUUUCCAUUCUAUGUUGUCUUUGUGAUGUUCAUGCGUCAGAUGAUAACUAGCCAUUUCACUUUCAUCGCCAAGUUUAUUUUAACAUGGGCAGCACAGAGUACUUUCAGCGAAGUCUAUACUCAUUGCUUAUGUAGAAGACAGCGAAGCAUGUCUCUGUUGCGCGAUGGAGCACCAGUCAGUUUAGCGUUCAAUCACUGUUCAAUCUCGUUUUUAUUUCGUCCGGGUUUAAACGCUCUUACGUUUAAUUAACAUGCCUUGCUUACUUUUUCCACCCUUUCCCUCUUUACACUUACAGGCCUGUUCGGUGGCUUUCAAGGACAUGACAGAGACACAAAGAAGGCGGACUCUGUCCAUGAACCUGGGUUCGAAACCACCCGUACGCCCCAUGAUACUCAGCUAG